AUGACGGAGGAGGGGGAGGCGCCGCUGCGUGCAGUGAUGGAUUCGAUGGGUUUUUUUGUCAAAGUUGAGACAGUUGAUGGGGCUUUUUACACUGGAAAGCUUUCUCGUCUGGAUAUGCUUCACGGCGACGUUGAGCUGACUGAUGUGCGUUGUCAAAGACGUGACUCUUCUCUAUCAGUAGAAUGCCGUGUCCUUUUGAAGGGGACAAACGUUCGCUUGAUACAUCUUCCGUCGGACAUACGAAAAGCCACGUAUUUGGAAUGGGAGAAUCCAAGCGUUCACAGGGUUCUCAAGAAUAGCUUGAAAUCAAGGCGGCCGAGAGGAUUUAAAAAAAACACAUCAAAAACUACAAAAACGAAAAAAGUAAGGUAG